UCUGUAACAGUGCGUCCGUUGAACGCAGCCCCGUGGGUAACUGCGUGCUGACGUAGGACGUGAGAACAACAAACAGUUGUUGAACAAGCUAACGAGUGGCAGCGCCGGAGAGAGGCAGGUUCAGCGGACCCGCUCCGGACAGAAGACACCUGAGACACCUGACCGCCGGGAGUAUCUCGAGGAUUUAGCGCCGAGGAGUGAGCGCUGUUCGUGCCGGGAACUCCGGCUCGGCUCCCCCCGCCAGCGCCGACGUUAGCCACCGAAACAUGCCCGCUGCUGGGAGUGUGACGCCUGUUUUUCUUCUGGCUGUCGUUGGUCGACGGUUGUGAUGCGAACCGAGCCGCAGCGCGACAGAGGCAGAGACGAGGGCUCCAGCCGGAAAACACAUUUGUCCACACGGGAGAAUGGACUUUGUCGCGGGUAAACUGACGGGCUCAGUCGGGGACGCAGGCACGCUACCGCACACGGGCCUGGAUGUCAUUGUUGGGCAACAACUUUAGCAAGCUAGCUAACGUUAGCUCGCUCAAAUUCAUGCAAACGAGUCGGGUUUGGUGGAGGGCAGGGAGCUCACUUUGCUAGCGUAAUGGAGGCACCCUGAGCGACUUGUUCAUUUCAUUUGUCCACUUUAACACUGUCGACAAUGUGCUGACGAGCCUUUAGUCGGUUCUCUUCGAGGGAUAGGACUCUGUUGGCAGACAUUAUUAAGUGGUGGUUGCCUUGCUGGGCGAUAGUUGAGGAAAGUUGGGCUAAUAUAUAAUUACAGACACGGUGUCUGUUUCGCACAGGUAUCUCAUAUGGUUUUUUUUGUAUUGACAUUUGUGUAAAACUGCACUUUAAUUAGCCAAUUUGUGUCGAGGAUGCACAGAAGUCACAUGUGAAUUGGGGUUUGUGAAAACUGUAAUGUAAAUUAACUCUAAUACACAAAAACAGUCGGUUGAAUAGGUUGAAUAAUCAGAUUGCACUUGAAUAUAACUCGGUGAAUUAAGGACAUGUAAAGGUGCCCAUAUACAUAUAUUGUUAGACAGAGACAGGCUUAUCCGUGUCAGUCGGCUCCUGGUUAGUGUUUAAUAUAAUAUACAAGCUGUCUGGCACAGUUAAAGAUUGAGUUUCACUGGACAUGACACCAUGAAUAUCGAAGAGCAGCGUCUAGAUUUAUGCAAUGCAAAGACAAGAAGCAACGUGGAUGAUGAUCACAACACUACCAACAACACAGAAGGAGUCACCCCUCGGAUCUCUGAACUGAUGACUGAUAGUAACACUGAAAAGCAAAGCAUUGUUCCCACAGAGGCCUCUGAGACAUACGUGAUGCCUGAGCUCACUGACAACCUGCAGGCAGCUGAGGAGAACAACCACCAGGUACAAGACACACUGGAAAUCGAUGAGCUCAAUGGAAAUGGGACGAGCACCGCUCAGAACACCCCUGUGAUAGCUAACCCCACUGACUUCAUUUUCUCUAAUGAGGAGCACAAGGGUGAUAUUGGGGUGGAGGCAAUGAAGGAGGAUAAAGACACUGAUGUUGUUGUUGGUGGAAGGCAUGAUGGAGGGGACACGGACAUAGGUGUGGCUCUGAGUCUGGACAAGAGUGCAGAGUUGGAGGCUGAUUCGACAAACGCCACCUCAUUGUUAGACAAUACUUUAGAGUCAGAGUCUCCGUCUCAGGAUGUCCCGGCUGGCAGCACAGUAGAAAGCUUGUCAAAUGAAAGCCAGCCGAGCAGCACAGAGUCCCCUGCCUCGGACCAAGUUGGACUGUACCCGUCUGUGGAGGAGAGGGACGAUAAACACAAACCAAGUGGCAAAAAGGUGACGUUUCCCUCAGAUGAGGACAUUAUCUCUGGAGCAGUGGAGCCUAAGGACCCCUGGAGACAUGCUCAGAAUGUGACGGUGGAGGAGAUCCUCUCUUCCUACAAACAGGCCUGUCAGAAACUCAACUGUAAACCUAUACCCAAAGUGCUCAAACAGAUACAGGAAUUGAAAGACCUGACACAGCGAAACGAAUGCUUAGAUCUCAAAGGUGAGAGGCUGGACCACAAAGCCUGUGAGUCUCUGGAGGAGAUUUUGAAGAGGGUCCAGUUUAAAGUGAUAGACCUGGAGCAGACCAACCUGGAUGAAGACAUGUCCAAUUGUGUAAACACCGUUAGGGACUUCAGGGCUGUAGACAUGCACAGACAGAGACAGCGCUGCAGUGUGGAGCAGAGGGACACACAGCCCUGA